AUGGUUGUCUCCGACAAAGUGCGCCGUGUUGCAUGGGGCAUCUACUUGAUCGAUGCACUUGGCGCGCCACCAUCGUCCGAGUGGACCGAAAGACUUGGCACUGUGUACACCAUCAUGCAGCAGUUCAAGGUGCCGAGGGGGUCAAGAGACUCUGUCCUUAAUUUGCUUGAAGACAACGUUGGAUUGAUCAAGAUGAUCGCAUUGCACACAUGCGAGAUCCAAAUCGUUGCCGACUGCGUGGAACUUGGCAUGGGGUUGACCAAGACCACGCACAUGGUCAACGAAUACCGAGCUGUCCAUAACCGUGUGCAUGUCGGCCGUAAUGCUGUGUACAGCAGUUAUCUCCGUUUGAAACCAGUUGUCACCCCUCUGUACCGGCAGAAACAAGGCAGUGCAGACAAGGACUCUGAGUGGGCCAAGGCGCGCCAUCGUUUAGCCCAAGAAUUUGCUACACGAUUGGGUAUUUGGGAGUUGGAUUAA